GAAGAAUAAGUUCGUUUUGGACACGUUUUUCUGACACUGACACGCCUGUCUUUUCUUCGUGAGGGAGACGUUAUUGAGGGAUACAUACAUAGAGCCCUGCACAGAAACUCAGUAGAUUUCUAGAAGAAGACGUUCAUUUUGGACACGUUUUAGACGCUGGCGCUUGUCUUUUCGACGCUUGGAGACAUUUGAGGAAGGCCUGUCUUGCUUACAACAGUGAUCGCCAUGGGAUCCGGAGCGAGCAAGUCACGACCAGUUAUGGUCGACCAGGCCACUCAGACGGUUGCCAGUCCAACCCCACAAGAACGCCCUUUGGCCACCCAACCCGAAACACGAACACGUAGCAUGCCGUCAAUAAGGAGUAAUAAAGAGGAUUUUUACAAAGAUGACGUCCAAGGAAGUGUUCAAAUGAACUCUUCCAUUGAUAUGGAGCAGUCAUUGGCAUCAACACAACAGGCAUUCGACACCUCGGCAGAAUCUAUGCAACAGGUGUCCGUCGAGCAACGCGACCUGGUAGUGGCGCACCAUGCGGAACAUGAUAGUACUGCAGAUGAGUUGGCUGCGGAGGUUACGUCCGCCAAUGAUUCGCCUGAGGCCGAAGAAAACGAACUGACUCCUGAGAUCGAAGUGGUGUCAAGCCCAGUGGAACAAAGAAAACAGGAUCAGGUAGAAGUGGGAGAAAAUGAAGCAACCGUGCGUUUGGAGAAAGCGAUGGAAGGAAAGAGCGUCAGCCAGGAAGAAGUGAGGGAGCUCGAGGACGGACAGAUACAUUCAGCCUCCGACAAAAUGAACGCAGAAGAACCAAAAACAGACGCAACAAAGAUAGGAGAGAGUGAAUAUACGGAAGAAAUAGAAGACAGUGAAGCGAACGAGUCAAUCAACCAUUCGACCAGUUCUGGAGAAUCAGACUUGACCGGAAUGAAGGAAGUAGAAAAUGUUAACGCACACGAAGGAGAAAACGCUGCACAGAAUCAGUCAACCAAUAAUUCUGUUGCUACAGAUAACUUGGAAGCAGACGAAGAGAAAGAAGAAAAUAUUGUAAUUGCGGAGGAAUCGGAAGAUAAUGAACAGAAGGAGUGUAUCUUCCAUUUGACGAAUGCAGAAGAAUUGAUAAGCACAGACGGUGCACCCAACGAGCCUGCAGAACCCAGUCUAACCCAUGUUACUUACACUGACACCGAGAGAGACAAAAACGAACCGGACGGACAGAGUGAACAGGGAGAGGAACAAGCUAAACAUGAACCUACAACAUCCGCCGAAGGUGAAGUUAAAGAUCAACACACGGCUGCACAAGAGGAAAAUGAUGGGAAGCAUGACAACAACACUGUCAGAGAGGGAGCCGGCGUGGUAGCCACAGCACACAAACCAGAGGAUGAGCUUCAAGAUGACUACAUGGGCGAAAAACUGGACGACAUCCUUGAGGGACUUCUGAGGGAUACUGCAAUAGUUGACGACGAUAAAGGUAAGAAUAUCUACCAAAGGCUACACGUUGAACAGCCUACAAAGCAUCUGACGUUUUUAUGGUAGGGAGUGCUUUUGACAAAGAACCCGAUAUUAUCCGAUAGACAAGGGUGCUGUAAGUCAAGUUGAGUCAUGAU